AUGUCUGCAGGCGCCACCGUCAACACUCGGCGUAAAAACUGGAUCUUCACCCCCUCCCAAGACUAUGAGUACGGCGGCUCCCUCGCUCUCGGCCAAAUCCUCGAAGACGCUUUCCAGCCGGCCUCUGCCCUCAUCGCCUCGGGCCUAAAACUCCCAUAUAAAGAUCUCCUCGAAGACACUGGCACAAAGGAAGAUAUUAACAUCGAGCUCGAAGACCACCUCACCGCAUCCUUCCGGGCCUUCUGCCAAGCUACCGGGGUACCCCUCGGCGCGAACGCGUCCGCCGGCACAAGUAACGAUUCGACCACGAAGUGGCAUCUGAAGAAGUUGGAGUUUAAAGGCUUCGUGCCCUCGCUCCAGUACGUUAAAGAGGCGCUGGCCUCGGGCGAUGUGCCCUCGAAGACGCAGUGGUGGAAGCUGCGCCGUAAGCUGUACAUCGUGACGGGGCUGCGGAUUGCGCGGGGGUCAACCAUGGAGAAGGAAGAGGAGCGCUCGAGCAAUAUAAAUUUAAGUGUGAAGGCGGACGGAUUUUCGCAGAAUGCGCCUGUGUUGGUCGGCGCAGAGGUGCAAGGGGGCCACACGAAGCGACAAAAGGAGUCGGUGGGGAAGAUCUCGGAUUUUAUAUUCGCCUACCGUUUGAACGAGAUUAAGUACAAGUGGAGCACAACGUCCCAUAAACCCAUUUCGCAUGGGCACACAGCAAGUAGAGGGGAUGCGAGUGAGCAGCAGCAGCAGGAGACGGAGCCGGUGGGUUAUGACCUUAUUGGCUUGGAUCCGGAUCCAUUUGCGGUGAAGGAGGUCAUUGAUGCAGAUCCGAGGGUUGUAGAUUGA